CACCAGUGUAGUCCUGGCAAUUGUUCUAAUUCCGCGCAUAAUACAGCAGAACUUCUCAGGUGAGGGAGAUGUUUUGACGCGGUGUUUAGGUGUUGGGUCGUAUUUCAGGCGCGUUGCUAUUGGCGCAUUCUGUGAUGCGCGCCGUUGACUGGCUGCGUGGAAAGAGACUGCGUUCACAAAGUACACAGCCGGCCCUACAACCACAUGCACUCUUCUGUCUGAGGGGCGUUGAGUGGACAUCGAACCUACUGAGAAAGUUGCAACCGCUUUGGAUUAAUUGUUCUAUCAGAGGAGUCAAUUAUUCACCGAUGAUAAAGUAAUCCAUUUGGAAUUCAUAAAAUCAGACACGACAAGAGCAAUGCUGUGUCUGCGGGACUCUGGAGACUGUCUGGUGGACCAGAUGCAGUACAUGAUGAGGUCCUUGCAGGAUCUGAAACACAUGAAAAGGCCGCUCAGCGAGCCCUCCGGCCGUUCCUACGCCAUGGCGCGCGUUUGCCAGCAGGGAACGCAGCAGCGGGAGCGCCUGACAUGCCUCCGUAGACCCAUCUCUGAGGCCAGCGAGGCCAGCACCUAUGACUCAGCUUGCUGCCUGGCCAGCCCCGUGGAGGAGGAAGAAGAGGUGGAGGAGGAAGUGCAGGAGCGGCUAAUGCAGAGCUCCCCUAGCAGUGAGAAGAGUCUGGAGUUUGACUCAGGCUACUCAGAGGCGUCCUGGCACGAUGAGGGCGUGGUGCUCAGGAGGACCAGGAACGUACGGGUGUCUAAUUCUGCCUGUCUCCGAACCAACCGGGGAGUGGGCUCUGCCGACCGGAUCCGGCCCAAGUCCACGUCGGACGCUUGUCUGGAGCGCUGGACGUCAUUUGAGGCAAGCAGCGACCCAGAGGACUGGACCACGUCACUGCUGAGCCGCAGCAGGAACAGACAGCCCUUGGUGCUGGGGGACAACAGCUUCGCUGACCUCAUUAAGAACUGGAUGGAUCUGCCAGAGUGUCCUGAGCCAGCAGAACUCAAGCCCCACGCAGGCCGGCGCCUGGCCAAGGACCUCCUGGUCAACAUGAGGAGGAAGCUGGCGGGGAUGUCAAAAAGCGUGGAGAUGAGGGCCAGACCAGCAGACUCCACCAGGGUCAGUAGGGCCGCGGCGGCCCCCAAACGCAUGUCCUGCCCCGUGGGCUUCCAGCCACGCAAACCCUUCUUUCACCAAUCCCACACAGGCCUGCAUGAACUGAGGACGGACUUGUACCAGUUCAACGCUCUCAUGAAGUCAGGCAGCCGACAACCUAUCAUAUGUAAUGACAUUAUCGGGUACAUCUGAUCUGAGUGAUGUUACAGCUACGGACUCUUACCACAGAUUAAUGUUAUUUUAUUUUUUAUAUGCGCUUUAUGUGGAAAUAAUGUUGAAAUUGUUACAAUAAUAAAGUUUUUGUAUUGAAAAGGGAAAAAGUGUUGACUGCA